AUGACGAGCUUCAUGCAUGCGAUAUGCGUUUGUUCGGCGACACUGGCUGGAAUAUUGUCUUUACUGGCUAUGGUUGCUAAUGGUAUGCUUCUUUACGUCAUGUAUAAGGAUCCCUUACGCUGCUUUCGUAAACCAAUUUCAGUUCUCAUCGCUGCCCUGGCCGCAAACGACUUAUUGACUGGAUCUGUUAUAAGCGGUCUUCACAUACGUAACGAAAUAUCUUGUGAAAUUCAUGCGGAUGAAACGACGACCCGCACGAGUUUUGAAAGUAUCAUCGGUCUAUUUGCUAUCAACAACGGCACGUUUCUUGUCAUGAGCUUGUCCGUGGAACGUUUGAUCGCCGUGGCCCAACCGUUUUACUACCGUGCGACGGCGAGCGGUAGAAAAACCUUGGCAUGUGCACUAUGCGUUGUGGCAUAUUCCGUGGCUUUCUGUUUGCUUCGAUUCACUGGAAUUCCACAGGGAAUUUACGACAUGUUACAAGUUCAUUUGAAUAUGACUUUUCCACUCGUGGCUGUUCUAAUUUUUAACUUCUUAUUGCUAAAAGUUUUACGUGGGUACAGACGGCGUGCGUGUUCUAUGAACUCUGACGCUAGCGACAGUGCGGUCUCAGCAAACGAAAAAAGAUUUGAUAUUGAUAAACAGUUCGCUUUUACAGCCAUUCUCAUAGUUCUUUUCCUCUUUAUUUCACAUUUGCCAUAUUAUAUAAUUACUCUUGUAGAGGUACACUGUACUCAUUGUGCUGGGAUAUGGCUUGUUUCGUGUCGGCGAAUCUUGUUACCAUUUCUCUAUAUCAACGCCGCCUGUAAUCCAUUUACCUACACGUUUCGCAUUCGCCAAUGCCGUCGGUCUCUCAAACUUCUCUUUUUUAAAUGGCAAGAAACGAUUGAGGUUUCUCCGAGAGCUCCAGCGACACCAGACUCUACAAGAAGUCCAAUCGCUCUACGAAAGAUUUCACAGAUAUGUCCGAAAACUGGUAAAAUUGUUGAAACGUUCGGGGAUAGACACAUAGCUGACGAUUUUGAUUUGGGAAUUGAUAAUCCACAAGAGAUCACGGAUGAUUUUGACUCUGAUGUCUGGGAUACUAAACUGUGA